CUCCCAAAGUGCUGGGAUUACAGGCGUGAGCCACCGUGCCCGGCCCCAGGAAUUUUUUUUAAUAAGAAAUUUUGUAAAACCUUCUAUAGGCAGUCGUUUUACAGCGGCGAAGAACGGAACCCGGCAGAUGACAUUGAAUAAAUGUUGAGUGGACAACUCCUUUGUUCUUUUCCUCUUCCUUGACUCCGCCUCCUUGCUUUCCCUUCAUUCUCUUUUGCUCUUGUGCUUUUAAACCCAAAGCGGCCGCCGUAGGCGAAGGUGAAGAUGGCUUCCUCUGCCUUUGCUGGUGCGGUGAGAGCAGCUUCAGGAAUCCUACGGCCCCUGAAUAUUUUGGCAUCUUCAACCUACCGCAACUGUGUCAAGAAUGCCUCUCUUAUUUCUGCAUUGUCCACUGGACGUUUUAGUCAUAUUCAGACACCAGUUGUUUCCUCCACUCCCAGACUUACCACAUCUGAGAGAAACCUGACAUGUGGGCAUACCUCAGCGAUCCUUAAUAGAGUGGCCCCCGUGCUUCCAAGUGUCCUGAAGCUGCCAGUCAGAUCUCUAACAUACUUCAGUGCAAGAAAAGGCAAGAGAAAGACCGUGAAAGCUGUCAUCGAUAGGUUUCUUCGACUUCAUUGUGGCCUUUGGGUGAGGAGAAAGGCUGGCUAUAAGAAAAAAUUAUGGAAAAAGACACCUGCAAGGAAGAAGCGAUUGAGGGAAUUUGUAUUCUGCAAUAAAACCCAGAGUAAACUCUUAGAUAAAAUGACGACGUCCUUCUGGAAGAGGCGAAACUGGUACGUUGAUGAUCCUUAUCAGAAGUAUCAUGAUCGAACAAACCUGAAAGUAUAGAUCAGAAGUUUCACUUGUUUCUGUUAUUGGAUAUGUAUCUUUGUGUACAUAUCUUUGCAAAAAUGGAUAAGUACAAAACUUGAUGUAAAUUGUACCAAUGAAUAUGUAAACAUACAGUGACAACAUUAAACUUAGAAAAGUUUUAAAACUUAAUGGAUCAGACUUUGCCAGAUUUGGUUAGGGAAACAGAAAUUUAGAAUGGUGCAUUAUUUUUAACAAAUGGUAUUGGCUUAACUAGUUGUUUCAAUUAUGCUCUUUUAGUUGCAAGGAAUCUCAAGUGGGACAAACAUAAAAAGACUCAAAAGCUACAAGUUAGCUCAAGCAGUGUGACAUUAUUUCAAGGAUAUGUGCGGGGGAAUUCAGGAACCACCUCACCAACCCCAUCUCCCACCCAGAAAUCAUCUCCCAGCCUCAGGAAGAGUAGAAAUUGGGUGGUGCUCCUCAGCAGGGGAAGGUGGAUGUUUAGGCUUGGGCUCUGCAUGCAUGUGACUUGCUUCUUUUUGCAUUGUUAACUCCAUUCUCUCUGUAUUCACCAACUUCUCUACACAGCUUUUGCAUACUUACAGUUUCUGUUCCUUUGUAAUAACUUUAACUUGCACCUUUGAGGUUCUUUUCUACAUGAUGACCUUCAGCUCCUGCCGCUAGUCUCCAAUUGCCAAGGGAAUUUAACUGGCAAUAACUACCUUUUUAUACUAGGUCUGGUUGGGUCAUUGUCUAGAGUAGGGAUUGGCUGUCCUUAAGUCAGGAGCCCGCUUUGUAUUAGCAGGUUUGCAUGCAGCAAAAAAACAGUUAUGUGAGCAGUUUCACUUGGAGAUUCACAUGGGGUGGCAGCACACUGAACGUCUAACACACCAGGUUGAUUGUGUUCAUAACACUUGUCAUUUACUGUAACAACAUUUUUUCAUAGGAGAGUAAAUAGCCCUUCAGCAUGCUCAUUCAUGAAACAGAAGAGGCUGUACAAGUGAAGACAAGGGCUUUUUAUGCAAGUUUUGAAAGAUAGGUAUUUAUUUUUUCUAGAGACAGGAGUUUUGCUCUGUUGCCCAGGCUGGAGUGCAGUGGUGCAAUCAUAGCUCAUUGAAGCCUCGCACUCCUGGGCUCAAGUGGUCCUCCUGCCUCAGCUUCCUGAGUAAGGAUAUGUAUUUCUUAAAAGUUAGUUUAUCCACUUCAGAUUUCAUGUUUUCAUUUGUAAGGAUAAACUUUUCCCACAAAUUUUCAACAAUCAUUGUAGAAACUAAGGGGGAGAAAGUAAUCUCAGUUGUUUUAGAAACGAAAAAGUUAAGCAUUGUUUACUUGAAGUGGGCAGGGAAGCAGCACUGAGUAAAGUUCAAUUGAGUGGUUACAGUCUAGGGCAGUGGUUCCCAACUCUCCGAUCAGAAUCAUCUGGGAAGCAUUUUCAAACAGCAAAGUACUUUGAAAACCAUUAUUAAAUAGAAUUAUGCAUGAAUUACUGUUUCAGAUCCUUUAAUGUGGUAGUUGGUAAUAAUAAGAUGAAAUUCCUCUGUUGUUAGUAAAAUUACGAAAUUGAAGUUCUGCAGCAUGUCAGGCCAGGAUUAUUAGGGAGAUUCCUCGAAACUAGUGUGUGUUUAUUAAAAGGAGAAAGGAUAACAAUAGAAUGUUCUAAAACCAGAAGUGCAAGUGCGUGUCUACUUAUGGGACCAAUAAAUAAAGAACAGACAUUUGAUUUGAGGUGAGGUGAAAGCCUGAAACGUGGAAUGGCAUUCUGUUUUGAUGGAUUUUCAUUUCUUCGCACUUCUGAGACGGCAAAGCCAACCACUUAGAAGGCUUCCACAUCUUUUGUCACCUGCCUGGCUCCUGCCCUCUGAUGUACCUCUGGGUAGUGAGAUGGAAAUGGUGCCUGCAGAAGUUGGGGAGAAGGAUACUUUUGCACAGCCUCCAUGAUGUCUUUAAUGCAGAUAUGGAUGACAAGGGUCUCUGUUACAGGGGCCUCAGAGCACCUUCGUUUCUCCUCUAGACCAGGGACAGGAGGUGUAGAGAUAAGGACUGGAAACCAGAGCCUCAGCAUCCAAAGAUGGACUGAAGUGGGACGGCUGACAGGCACAUAACUUACGGGAAAGGGAAUUUCAUACAUACGAUUUUUGUUUUGUGGGUAGGAGGGCUUAUCAUCAACACUGAUUUUAUAAUCUGACAAUAAAUGUGUUUCAUUAAAGAGUUUACCUAAAUGAUGUUCAAUUAUAUGUAUAAUUUAUAAAAUAUGUAUAGUUUGUUUAUUCAGGUAUAUGUAUAAUUUAUUGAACACCUACUAUGUCCCAGCAUAUCUACAAAACUGGGUACAUACAUACUAUCUAACUGCUAAUCCACAUUUCCAGUCUUACAAAGGACAUAAUGAUUAGUUAAGCCCUAAUUUAGAUUUGAGGAAACUGAAGCUGAGAGAGGGUUAAGUAAAUUACCCAAAGUACAGCUAAUAAGACCCAGAAUCUCAGUCUCACUCCUUGGGAUCCUGUGUAUUUCCUUGAGUCUUCUAACAUAUGAAAAUUCAUAUCUAAAUCAACAAGUGACUGUAAUCUGGUACUAUAAAUACUAAAUAAACACUUCUUCAUAACACUGUA